AUGGCGGAUGUAACCGCUCGUAGCCUGCAGUAUGAGUACAAAGCGAACUCAAACUUGGUGUUGCAAGCUGAUCGCUCUCUUAUCGACCGAACUCGGAGAGAUGAACCCACCGGAGAGGUACUGUCGUUGGUGGGCAAGCUGGAAGGGACCAAGAUGGGUGACAAGGCUCAGAGGACCAAACCGCAGAGGCUGGAAGAGAGACGAGACAAGAGGCGGAAAAGAGAUGAGGACAGGCAUGACAUCAAUAAAAUGAAAGGCUUUACACUCCUGUCUGAAGGCAUCGAUGAAAUGGUGGGAAUCGUGUACAAGCCUAAAACCAAAGAAACCAGAGAGACCUAUGAAGUGUUGCUCAGUUUCAUUCAUGCUGCUUUAGGAGAUCAGCCUCGAGACAUUCUGUGUGGAGCAGCUGACGAAGUUUUAGCUGUGCUAAAGAAUGAUAAAAUGAGGGAUAAGGAAAGGCGACGUGAAGUUGAGCAGCUUCUUGGACCUUCUGAUGACACACGCUAUCACGUCCUGGUCAACCUGGGAAAGAAGAUUUCAGACUAUGGAGGAGACAAGGAUUUACAAAACAUGGAUGACAACAUUGAUGAAACGUAUGGAGUCAACGUGCAGUUUGAAUCUGAUGAGGAGGAAGGGGAUGAAGAUGUUUUUGGUGAAGUGAGAGAUGACCAUUCGGAUGAAGACAGUGAAGGAGAGGAGGCGGGAGUAACCACCACGCUUUCAGCCAAUCUUGGCGAAACGGGCGAUGUGAUGACAGUGAAGAAAAAGGAUUUACAUCCUCGGGACAUCGAUGCCUUUUGGCUCCAGCGUCAGCUCAGUCGUUUCUACGACGAUGCCAUUGUCUCGCAAAAAAAGGCUGACGAAGUACUAGAAAUCCUCAAAACAGCCAGCGAUGACAGGGAAUGUGAGAACCAGCUGGUGUUGCUGUUGGGCUUUAACACCUUUGACUUCAUUAAAAUCCUCCGUCAGCAUCGUCGCAUGAUUCAGUAUUGCACCAUGCUGGCGAGCGCUCAAAGCGAGGCUGAGAAAGAACGGAUCAUAAACAAGAUGGAGUCUGAUCAGGAACUGUCCAAGAUUCUGUAUCAGCUUCAGGAGACGGAGAAGGAGGACAUUAUCAGGGAAGAGCAAUCUCGCAGGGAGAGGGUGCGGAAGUCUCGCGUGGAUGACUUGGAGGCCAUGGACAUUGACCAUGGAGAGUCAAUGGUGCCCCGGCAGCUUCUAGACCUUGAUGACUUGGCCUUCACCCAGGGUAGCCAUUUCAUGGCAAACAAACGUUGCCAGCUGCCAGAUGGUUCUUUCCGCAAGCAGCGGAAAGGUUAUGAGGAAGUCCACGUGCCUGCUCUGAAACCAAAGCCAUUUGCUGAUGAUGAGGUCCUCGUCUCCAUUGACAAGUUGCCCAAGUAUGCCCAGGCUGGAUUCGAAGGGUUCAAAACUCUUAACCGUAUCCAGAGCAAGUUGUUUAAGACGGCCAUGGAAACGGAUGAAAACCUGCUCGUGUGUGCCCCAACGGGAGCCGGAAAGACCAACGUUGCCCUGAUGGCAAUGCUGAGGGAAAUUGGGAAGCACAUAAAUCUGGAUGGGACGAUCAAUGUGGACGACUUUAAAAUAAUCUACAUUGCUCCCAUGCGUUCGCUGGUGCAGGAGAUGGUGGGAAGCUUCAGCAAGAGAUUGGCGAGUUACGGCAUCACAGUGUCGGAGCUGACAGGAGACCACCAGCUCUGCAAAGAGGAGAUCAACGCCACUCAAAUCAUUGUUUGCACCCCCGAGAAAUGGGACAUCAUCACGCGGAAAGGCGGCGAGCGCACCUACACCCAGCUCGUACGCCUCAUCAUCAUCGAUGAAAUCCACCUGCUGCACGACGACCGGGGGCCUGUGCUGGAAUCUCUGGUGGCCAGGACCAUCCGUAACGUGGAGCUGACCCAGGAGGACGUGCGGCUGCUGGGCCUCAGCGCCACACUGCCCAACUAUGAAGACGUGGCCACCUGCCUGCGGGUAGACCCUGCAAAGGGACUCUUCUACUUUGACAACAGUUUUCGCCCCGUGCCCUUGGAGCAAACUUAUGUCGGCAUUACAGAGAAGAAGGCCAUCAAGCGUUUUCAGAUCAUGAAUGAGAUUGUGUAUGAAAAGAUAAUGGAGCAUGCAGGAAAGAACCAGGUGCUGGUAUUUGUCCACUCCAGGAAGGAGACUGGAAAGACUGCAAGGGCCAUAAGAGAUAUGUGUCUGGAGAAGGAUACCCUGGGCCUCUUCCUCAGAGAAGGCUCUGCAUCCACUGAAGUGCUAAGAACUGAAGCUGAGCAGUGCAAGAACCUGGAGCUGAAAGAUCUGCUCCCUUACGGCUUCGCCAUCCACCACGCUGGAAUGACCAGAGUCGACCGUACGCUGGUGGAGGAUCUGUUUGCUGAUCGGCACAUCCAGGUUCUGGUGUCCACGGCCACUCUGGCUUGGGGUGUCAACUUGCCAGCACACACCGUCAUCAUCAAAGGAACCCAAGUCUACAGUCCCGAAAAGGGCCGAUGGACAGAGCUGGGAGCCCUGGAUAUCUUACAGAUGCUUGGACGAGCCGGCCGCCCCCAGUAUGACACCAAAGGAGAGGGUAUCCUGAUCACGUCUCAUGGAGAGCUGCAGUAUUACCUGUCCCUGCUCAACCAGCAGCUGCCCAUCGAGAGUCAGAUGGUGGCCAAGCUCCCGGACAUGCUGAAUGCGGAGAUUGUACUGGGCAACGUGCAGACCGUAAAGGACGCCGUAAACUGGCUGGGCUACACGUACCUGUACGUGCGCUUGCUCCGCAACCCCACCCUGUACGGCGUCUCUCACGACGACCGGAGUUCUGACCCGCUGCUGGAGAGGCGCCGGAUGGACCUUAUUCACACAGCGGCCAACGUCCUGGACAAGAACAGCCUCAUCAAAUACGACAAGCGGACCGGCAGCUUCCAGGUUACGGACCUGGGGCGCAUUGCCAGUCACUUCUACAUCACUCAUGACUCAAUUCAGACCUACAACCAGCUUCUGAAACCCACUCUCAGUGAGAUCGAACUCUUCCGAGUGUUUUCACUGUCCUCGGAGUUCAGGAACAUCAACGUCAGAGAGGAGGAGAAACUGGAGCUGCAGAAGCUACUGGAAAGAGUUCCAAUUCCUGUGAAGGAGAGCAUUGAGGAGCCUAGUGCUAAGAUUAAUGUGCUGCUCCAGGCCUACAUCUCUCAGCUCAAACUUGAAGGCUUUGCUUUGAUGGCAGAUAUGGUCUAUGUCACACAGAGUGCUGGACGCUUGAUGAGGGCCAUAUUUGAGAUUGUGCUGAACCGGGGCUGGGCUCAACUCACAGACAAGACCAUGAAUCUCUGCAAGAUGAUCGAUAAGAGAAUGUGGCAGUCAAUGUCUCCUCUGCGGCAGUUCAAGAAACUGCCAGAGGAAGUUAUUAAGAAGAUCGAGAAGAAAAACUUCCCCUUUGAACGUCUUUAUGACCUCAACCAUAACGAGAUUGGGGAGCUGAUCCGAAUGCCGAAGAUGGGGAAAACCAUUCACAAAUACGUCCACCAGUUCCCCCGACUGGACCUGGCCGUCCACAUACAGCCAAUCACCCGUUCCACACUUAAAGUGGAGCUCACCGUCACACCUGACUUCCAGUGGGAUGACAAGAUCCACGGGUCGUCCGAAGCUUUCUGGAUCCUGGUUGAAGAUGUGGACAGCGAGGUCAUCCUCCAUCACGAGUACUUCCUCCUUAAAGCCAAGUACGCCCAGGACGAGCACCUGGUGACAUUCUUCGUCCCCGUGUUUGAGCCUCUGCCGCCGCAGUAUUUCAUCCGAGUGGUCUCAGACCGAUGGCUCUCCUGCGAGACUCAGCUCCCAGUGUCCUUCCGUCAUCUCAUUUUACCAGAGAAGUACCCCCCACCCACGGAGCUGCUGGACCUGCAGCCGCUGCCCGUCACCGCUCUCAGGAACUCUGCCUUUGAGGCUCUCUACCAGAACAAGUUCCCCUUCUUUAACCCCAUUCAGACACAAGUCUUCAACGCUGUGUACAACAGUGAUGAUAAUGUGUUUGUUGGCGCUCCCACCGGCAGUGGAAAGACCAUCUGUGCAGAGUUUGCCAUUCUGAGAAUGCUGCUGCACAACGCUGAAGGCCGCUGUGUGUACAUCACCCCAAUGGAGGCGCUGGCCGAGCAGGUUCGUCAAGACCGUGGAAGCAGACGCUCAGUCGUGCAGCUUUAUGACAUCCUGAACAAGAAGGUGGUGCUGCUGACAGGAGAGACCAGCACAGACCUGAAACUCCUGGGAAAAGGGGACAUUAUUGUCAGCACCCCUGACAAAUGGGACAUCCUGUCUCGCCGCUGGAAGCAGAGGAAGAACGUCCAGAAUGUCAGCCUUUUCAUCGUGGAUGAGACGCACCUUAUAGGUGGAGAAAAUGGACCUGUGCUGGAGGUCAUCUGCUCCAGGAUGAGAUACAUCUCCUCUCAGAUUGAGCGACCCAUUCGCAUCGUGGCGCUCAGCUCAUCUUUGUCCAACGCCAAAGAUGUAGCCCACUGGCUGGGCUGCAGCACCACGGCCACGUUCAACUUCCACCCCAACGUCAGACCCGUGCCUCUGGAGCUGCACAUCCAGGGUUUCAAUGUCAGUCACACUCAGACCCGCCUGCUGUCCAUGGCUAAGCCGGUAUAUCACGCCAUCAUGAAGCACUCUCCCUCUAAGCCGGCGGUGGUGUUCGUCCCGUCCCGCAGACAGACUCGGCUCACUGCCAUUGACAUCCUCACUUUCUGUGCUGCUGACGUGGUUCCUCAGAGAUUCUUGCACUGCACUGAGAAAGACCUAGCUCCCUUCCUGGACAAAAUUAACGAUCCCACUCUAAAAGAGACUCUGGCCAACGGCGUGGGAUACCUGCACGAGGGCCUGUCUCCAAUCGAACGCAAAAUAGUGGAGCAGCUCUUCAACUCUGGCGCAGUUCAGGUGGUGGUAUCCUCCCGCUCGCUCUGCUGGGGCAUCAACAUCUCUGCGCAUCUGGUCAUCGUCAUGGACACGCAGUACUACAACGGAAAAAUCCACGCAUAUGUGGACUAUCCAAUAUAUGACGUCCUGCAGAUGGUGGGCAAAGCCAACAGACCCAUGCUGGAUGACGAGGGCCGCUGCGUCAUCAUGUGUCAGGGCUCCAAGAAGGACUUCUUCAAAAAGUUCCUGUACGAGCCUCUGCCCGUGGAGUCCCACUUGGAUCACUGCCUCCAUGACCACUUCAACGCCGAGAUUGUUACCAAGACGGUGGAGAACAAACAAGACGCAGUGGACUACCUGACAUGGACCUUCCUCUACCGCCGCAUGACGCAGAACCCAAACUACUACAACCUGCAAGGCAUGUCCCAUCGCCACCUCUCCGACCACCUUUCCGAGCUGGUGGAGAACACCUUGCACGACUUGGAGCAGUCCAAAUGCAUCAGCAUCGAGGAUGAAAUGGAUGUGGCGCCUCUCAAUUUGGGCAUGAUCGCCGCCUAUUACUACAUCAACUACACCACCAUCGAGCUGUUCAGCAUGUCCCUUAAUGCCAAGACCAAGAUCCGAGGCUUGAUUGAGAUCAUCUCCAAUGCUGCCGAGUACAAGCACAUUCCCAUCAGGCACCACGAGGAUGCUCUUCUCAGACAGCUGGCACAGAAAGUGCCGCACAAACUGAACAACCCCAAGUUCAACGAUCCCCACGUGAAGACGAACCUGCUCCUCCAAGCUCAUCUGUCCCGGAUGCAGCUGAGUGCUGAGCUGCAGUCGGACACAGAGGAGAUCCUGAGCAAGGCGGUCCGUCUGAUCCAGGCCUGCGUGGAUGUGCUGUCCAGUAACGGCUGGCUGAGUCCUGCGCUGGCUGCUAUGGAGCUGGCCCAGAUGGUCACCCAGGCCAUGUGGUCCAAGGACUCGUACCUGAAACAGCUGCCCUUCUUCACCUCAGAGCACAUCAAGCGCUGCACAGAUAAGGCAAGGGGCUCUGCUACAUGUCUGGAAAAGCCUUCAGGUGUGGAGAGCAUCUUCGACAUCAUGGAAAUGGAAGAUGAGGACAGAACCGGUUUGCUGCAGCUCUCAGACGCACAGAUGGCCGACGUGGCUCGUUUCUGUAACCGCUACCCCAACAUCGAGCUGUCGUACGAGGUGGCCGAAAAGGACAACAUCAAGAGUGGCAGUCCAGUUCUGGUCCAGGUUCAGCUGGAGCGAGAGGAAGAGGUGACGGGUCCUGUCAUCGCACCGCUCUUCCCUCAGAAACGUGAGGAGGGCUGGUGGGUGGUGAUUGGAGAUCCCAAGUCCAACAGCCUCAUCUCCAUCAAGAGGCUGACCCUUCAGCAGAAGGCCAAGGUGAAGCUGGACUUUGUGGCACCGGCGAUGGGCAUCCACAACUACACGCUGUACUUCAUGAGCGACGCAUACAUGGGCUGUGACCAGGAGUACAAGUUCAGCGUGGACGUGAAGGAAGCCGACAGCGACGGAGAUAGUGACUCAGACUAA